AUGGAUUACUAUGAUGGCGGUCAGACACGGUUCACUAUGCCCCUCCCCACCCCUACCAGCAACACCUCUUUCCCCGAACCCACAACGAGUACCCCGUUCCCCAUCAACUCUACGCUACCCAUUAACUCUACCCUUCCAGUAGGUGGCCACGGUAACGGCACGGCUGGCAAGGACGGACACUUUACCAAAGCCCCGAAAUACCAUUACUACGCCUCUCGGUAUUCCUGGGGCUGGAUAUCAGCUACCAUCAUCCUUCUCAUCAUGCUUAACAUCAUCAGAUUCAUCAAACAUAGACGGCGGAAGCGCGAAGGGCUCAAGCGGCAAGUGGUUCGGUACAAGGCCGUGAGCGGAGAUGAGGAUGAUAAUGAAACGGAAAUGAAUGAAGGACGGGCUGAAGGUAAUUGGAUGACGAGGCAAGUGAAGGCCUUGGGAGCUGGCUGGAGGAAUACGAUGUAUCUCAGGAGCUUCCCUAUGUGGCUUUACAUGCCUGAAACGGUGGCGGAUGGGAUGUGGACGAUACUCUAUGUGGCGGUUUACCUCUUUUUCUGUCUUCAUAGGACCGAGACUUGGUUCCCGAUGCGAAACAACAAUGUAGCAAAUCAACUCGGUGUCAUGUCCUUCUCUCAACUACCCAUCAUUCUUUUGCUUGUUAGCAAGAACAACCCUAUAUCAUCUCUGACUGGUAUUACUUAUCAGAAACUCAACUACAUCCACCGAGCUAGUUCCAGAGUGUGUCUCCUUUCCAGCUGGGGUCAUGCUAUACUCUGGACUCCCCGAGUCUGGGAAAAGAAAGAUUUCAGACCUUAUCUUCUCUGUGGUAUCGCUGCUCUUACGGGCUUUACCAUGCUCUGGCUUACCAGUUUCCGAAUCGUACGACGACUAGCUUACGAGUUCUUCAUCGUCUCCCAUAUCCUUUUCUCCAUUAUGUAUCUUGUUGGAGCUUGGUUCCACUGGAGACGGCUCGGAUACUGGGUAUGGCCUGCCUUGGCCAUCUGGGCUUUUGACCGUUUCCUCCGUUUCGCCAAGGUUAUCUACAUCAACAAUUUCCUCAACCCGCGCAAAUUCAAGACCUUGGGCGAGAGUAGAAUUGAGCUGUUAGAUCAUGAUGUAAUGCGCGUUACAUUGAGGAGGGAGAACUGGAGCUGGAAGGCUGGUCAGCAUGCGUUUAUCUCUGCUCCGAGUAUCUCUGCGUCUCCGCAUGAGAGCCACCCUUUUUCCAUCGCCAACAUCCCGACUGAAAAUUCCAACGAAGCUAUUUUCCUUAUCCGUAUCCACUCUGGCUUUACCAAACGUCUCCGCACUGCCCUCGAGUCUGAUGACUCCACCGACAUCCCUGUAUAUCUUGAAGGCCCGUACGGUUACCCGCAUUCCCUAGACUCUUACUCCACCGUCUUGCUCAUUGCGGGUGGUACCGGUGUGACGUUUACGUCUGCUCAUUUCUUACAAAUUCUUGCCAACUCGCUCAAGGGCAAAUCAGCGGUGAAGAAGCUUCAUUUGGUAUGGCACAUCCGUCACGCAGAGGAUAUCGAGUGGAUCGCCCCUUUGUUGAACACUGCAACGGAAGAUACUGGUACUGUUAAUUUCUGUGUUGAUAUCUACGUCACCAAGUCUCACUCUUCGGACGAGCCACUACCUCCUGAUGGAAUUUCCGACCGACUCGCCUCUAUUGCUCCUCACAUCUUCCCUCGUCAUUGGGAUGAAGCGAGAUAUAACCCUAUGACACCCAGCGUUGAGAGUAGAGAUGAAGAGAUUCUUUUACCGAAGCCGCAGAGAAUGCAUGAACAAGGGGUGGGUCGAUAUGGAUUGACGAGUGAGGCCGCAGAGAUUGUUAAGUGGAAGAGGGGAAGAGCAGAUUUGAGAAUGAUUGUGGAGGAGGAUGCGAAGGGGGCUGACGGGUCUAUGAAUGUUUCAGUCUGUGGCCCUGUUCAAUUGUUGCAAUCGGCCAAGAAGGCUGUGAGGGAAGUUUCAACAAUGGAGGCCACGAGAGAAGGAUUAACGUCAAUAGACUUUUUCGAGGAGACUUUGGGCCAGUAACGAAAACGAAAGCAGCAACAUUUUUAUUUGGAUUUCCAGGUGUAUCGUUCGGUCGUCGGAGCUGUAUUAAUUCUACUUGUAUGAAUAUGCAUA